AAUCAUUUGAAGAGACACGUUUUAACAAAAAAAUACUUAAAUCACCCAAAUUAAAUAAUCGAGUUUCCGAGCAUGUAUCGAUAAGUUUAAUCGAGAUUUUUUGUAAUCGAUACCGGUGUUAGAAUCGGUUUGAAAGUGAAAACUGAUAGUUUUGCUCAUGACCUUUCCAAAGCGAACGUAUUGAUUAAAGUUUUGUAACACCAGGACAUCCAGCCUGAACCAUGGAUGACCGGACCGUGGACCUGAUCUUCGGCGGCUCGCUGAAGUCGCUGCCGCCGGUCAGCUCCAAGAUUGUCAGGAUCUUCACCAGCUCCACCUUCACAGAUACAACGAUGGAGAGGAAUACUCUCAUGGCGAAAUGUUACCCGCGCAUCAAAGACUACUGCCGAGAGAAACAUGGGUUAGAGUUUCAGGUAGUGGACAUGCGUUGGGGCGUCCGAGACGAGGCGACGGAUGAUCACAUGACUACAGAGCUGUGUAUGCGAGAGAUCAAGAACUGCCAGCGACUGUCUAUGGGACCUAACUUCGUCGUGUUCCUGGGGCAGAAAUAUGGUUACAGGCCAAUCCCAACAUACGUCCUAUCAUCAGAACUACAAAUGCUGAAGGAUGAACUAGUAGCUGGAGGAGUGGACGUCAUCCUGCUGGACACCUGGUACAAGAAGGACUCGAACGCGGUACCUCCCGUGUCGGUGCUGCAGCCCAUAUCGUCUAUAUUGAUCAAUUUCAACAAUAAGAGAGUACCAAAACUGCAAGCUGAAGAUCAAGCAGUAUGGUGGGACACGCUCGGCAAGAUGCAGAAGCUGUUCCGCAAGGCUUCUCUACAGCUGUACAAUGCUGGCAAGAUCGAUAAGGAUUGUAUGCACAAUUAUUUUAUGUCUGUAACCGAACGCGAAGUAAUAAACGGUGUGCUGAACGUGAAAAAUACGAAGAACCACUGCUUGGCCUACGUCAGAUACAUCAAUAACAUCAAUCUUCAGAACUUGAAGAAAGCCAGCAACUUUGUGGACAUCAUCAACAGGAGCUUGGAUGCAGAGGCCUCGAAGCUGUUGGCUGAUCUCCGCGAUGUCAGGCUUCCUGAUAAGAUUGAGACUACUAAUAUUCAGAAAUACACAGUGGAGUGGAUCGGUCGUGAGGGUUUGGAUACGGAGACACACAGCGAAUACCUUGGGCAUUUCAUCGCGCACUUCUAUAAGAACAUCGUCAAACUUGUGGACAGAGCAAUGCGCAAAGAAGACAGCAGUGCUCAAGGCGUGAUCGUGACGGAAAUACUGCAACAUCUUCACGCUUGCAAUAACUCUGUGAAGGUGUUCCAUGGGCGAGAACCUGACCUGGACUUCAUUGAGGACUAUAUGAAGAAUUCUUCUGACAAACCACUUGUCUUGUAUGGAGAAGGUGGUUGCGGCAAAACAAGUCUCUUAGCAAAAAGCGCCGCCAUGUCACUGGACACCUGGUUUGCUGAAGUGAAACCUACCAACAUCAUCAGGUUCCUCGGAACAACUCCUGACUCCAGUGCUCUUACGCCCACUCUCAUCUCUAUUUGUCAACAGAUAUCAUACAACUUCGCCCUCCCCUUCGAAGGGAUCCCAGAUGACCUGGUGCCCCUCACAGCUCACUUCAAGCAUCUCCUCACGAUGGCUACCCAGCAGCAGCCUCUUCUUCUCUUCUUGGAUUCAGUAGACCAGCUCACUGGGAUAGGCACUGAGAAUAACAAGGUUUCUUGGUUGCCUACCAGAUUGCCGGCUCAUUGUAAGAUAAUAGUAACAUGCGCGUGUGAGGAAGCGAAUCCAGAAGUAUCGAAGGAAUACGAUGUUCUGCGCAGAAUGAUUGACUCUGAAGAGAACUUUCUGGAAGUUAAGGCUCUUGGAGAGGAUCUGGCUAUGCAAGUUCUCAAGUUGUGGAUGGCAUCAGCGGCUCGUGAUCUGUCAAACUAUCAAUGGCGUUUGGUGUCCAACGCCAUCGCCUCGUGUUCACUACCAAUAUUCGUGAAACUUGUUUUUGCUGAGGUAUGCAGAUGGCGAAGUUACACGAAGCCUCAAGAUACACAUCUGGCGUCCACCGUCAUGGAUUCUAUUAUGAUGCUGUUUGAAAGAAUUGAGAAACAGCACGGCCGCCUCCUAGUCUUUCACGCUCUAGCCUACAUCACAGCUGCUCGCAGUGGUCUCUCGGAAACUGAGCUCGAAGACCUGAUCUCCUUGGACGAUAAGGUCUUGGAUGAUGUCUACCAGUACCAUUUGCCUCCUGUGAGAAGAAUUCCACCUCUGUUGUGGACUAGGAUCCGCAACGACCUCCCAAACUACCUGUCAGAGCGUGAAGCCGAUGGCGUCUCCGUGAUGAACUGGUACCACAGGCAGUUCCGUGACACCGCCCGGGAGAGGUACUUCAAGAACAUGAACAUGGCCAUGUAUUUCCAUUCUAUGAUCGCUGAUUAUUAUCUUGGUAUUUGGGGUGGUGGAAUACCAAAACCCUUCAAGUACACGGAGAUCCAGCGUCACCGGUUCAACCUGGCUGACCGCGAGGGUGUGGCUGACAGGAAGGUGCCUCUACAGCCGCUGAUAUUCAUGUCCGCUGAUGGAGCUAAUAGGAGAUAUAAUUUGAGGAAGUUUGGCGAGCUCCCAUUCCACCUGGUUCGCUCCAAGCGGUUCACCGACUUAUACGCUGAAGUACUCUUCAACUACGAGUGGCUCCACGCCAAGCUCAACUGCUGCCCCCUCCAAGCAGUGCUGGCUGACUUCGAAGAUGCUAAACUGCAUGUCAAUAAAGAUGCUGUGAGAGAGCUCAUGCUAGUAGCCGAUGCCCUUCGCUUGGGAGGUGCUAUCCUCGGCACAUACUCCGACAUGUUAGCCCCUCAACUGGUGGGGAGGCUACUGCCAGAAGCCCCCCACAACCCUGCCAUAGCCUCGCUGCUGAAGCAGUGCGUUCAUAACGGGAAGACCCAUUGCGCGUUGCUGCCUUCUCAUCAUUGCUUGCAUACGCCUGGUGGGCCUUUGAAGUAUUCCCUCGAAGGCCACCAGUUUGCAGUGUUCGCCUUCAAGCUCAGUUCUGACAAACGCUACGUGGUCUCCAUCUCCAGCAGGGUGAUAUCCUGGGACCUGUCCACCUCAGACCUGGCGAGGGACCUAUGUCCUCAACUCGAAGGUAUCAUGCAGAACUUGGAGCUCUCACCAGAUAACAAGUGGGCUGCUGCCUCUACUAAUAAUUCUGUAUCAAUGCUCCUGAAUAUGCUGACGAGUGAAUAUAUCACAAUUGAUAACCCGCUCAAUGAAGGAGAGACUGUCCGUGGAGUGUUUGUCUUAAAUCACCACAUGUUCAUCUACGGCCCCCACUCCUGGGUGCAGUACAGCAUGAGAGGGGAACACGAGCAGACGCUACCAGCUCCUGACACUGCGCCCUAUGAUGAUGUCAACUGGGAGAUACUUUCAAUGGACUUCCGUGACCUGGAAAACUUCUUCGUGGUGAUGUGGAGUGGUGACCUGGACGAGGACCGGCUUCUGGUGCACUUCUGUAAGAAUGGCGAGUGGAUGCAACCACUGAGAUGCCGGGGAGCUGUCACUAUGAGCAAGCAUUGGACCAAGGUGUAUUGUAGUGACCCUGAGAGGGGGUAUCAGAUAUCGAUAUACGAGCUGGACAUGGAUGAGAAAUGCUGGAAGAAGACGGAAGAGAUCUUCCACCAGGAGACAGACACGGCCGAGGCGAUGCUUCAGCUCAAACGCGGGAAGAAGGAUCGGAUGCUGUUUGCCACAACAACAUACAGUUUCGUAGUGUGGGACUUUGAUUACACAAUACCUAGAGUUAAACCUGAACCUGAUCCAAAAGAAGAUGAUAAAGAUGAAGAUGAAGAGAAGCCAGAGGAACCAGAGAUAGACCACCGUCUCCACGGCAUAGUCCUGAAGCUGCCUCACACUAUCCGCAACAUCUCCACCAAGAUGACUCUCUCCAACUCCUUCAUGAUCAGCAACAAUAACACUUAUGCUGUUGCUGGGGUCAGAAAAAACCUCUACGUAUGGAGUUUGGAGACCACGAAACUGAUAAAAGUGUUAGAUGCCCACUUCGGCAGGAUAGUCCAGCUCGAACCCCUGACUGUUGGAUCCUGGAACAAUGUGAUCACCUCUUCCAUUGAUAGGACAGUCAAGAUCUGGAACAUCGACAAUAUUUUUGAACAAGUCCAUAAGAUUGAUCGGCAAGAGCUACCUAUUGAUUCUAUAAGCCUAGCCCGUGACAAACACCUAGCAGUGACAGUGACUCGAAGCUGUUGGGGUCUCUGGGAUACCAGCACUGGGAAGCUAUUAGCCCAGCUAGCUGAAGCACCACUUGGAGCCAUCGUCACCCAUGCAGUCAUCACUCCUAAUGGGGAUAAUGUGGUUACUGCAGAGUCUGGCAGUGUGGUCAUUUGGGAUACGCCGGAGAAACAGGCAAUAUUCAAAGAAGAACAGAAAGGCAUCAAGCAAGUCCUACUUCUGGAGGACGGAACCAAGUUCAUCACGAUAUCCAUGCAGGCUACAGGCAAUGACAGCGUUGACAAUAUCGGAAUGGCUCAUAUCGUUGCUAGGACUAUUCCAGAGGGUGAGAAAAUUUACAACGCCGAAUAUGAGAUCCGAGGAACUGGGUACAAGUCAGCUGUUGUGUCAGCUGAUGAGCAUCACAUCGUGGCUCCGGGUGUUGACAAGUCUUCCAGGGAUUGUCUGCAUGUAUUCCAUGCGAAGACUGGUGCGAGGCUUCAUAGGAUCCCCAUUAAGAAUAGUGGCAUCAAAGACAUGCAGUCUAUAGUGGCAUUGCCCCAUAAGCCACUAUGGGUGGCCGUAGUGGGAAACGACAAGGCUGGUAUUCUUGACAUCAAAACUAAGAGGCAUAUUAGGUUCGUCCCUCGUUGGAACGGCUCAUGCACUCGGGAUGGCAAAAUAGGUCUUUGCGCUCCCUCCCGAGGAGGCUUAGACCUCAUAGAGCUGAAAAAAGGGACCUCAGUGCAGCAGCUGAUCUACAGGGCUGCUGAGGGCGUCUUCUCCAUCAUUACCAUGUUCAGCUCUACGGAUGACUAUGUGUUUUAUUAUCAUAGUGGGAGGAAGACGCUGAGGGUUUUCAGGACUGUAGAUGGUCGCGCCAUAGCGGAAUACCGAGCUCCGGCAGAAGUGACCGGCGUGGCCAGCGCUCACGGUGGAAAGGCGGUAGCUAUAGCGUCUCAAGAUGGCUGCCUAACUGUGCUGGAUAUUGUAGAUCCUCAUGUUUAGUAUGGUGCUUGGUUAUAGCCCAGUUUUGAGAGCAGGUUAGGGUGUAAAUUGUCUUUUGACUUACCUUUUUUCAAGGCUUAGUUUAGGGUUUAGAUGACAGUCAUUGUUCCUCUGCUCUUGUUCUAAUUUAUUAUGUUUAAAUAUUUGGUGUAAGCAUCUCAGCUUCUUCGAGGCUUUUCUAUCUGACGUCAUCUUCCAAGUAACGAGACAAUGUACUUUGGAUUUCAAUUUAUUGGAAAAGUAAAUGGUAGGUAUUGUUGUUUUGGCUCAAAACACAGCAAAUUUGUUUUUUUUUUUUUUGAGAACAGAUUUUUUUGUAAACAGAUGAGAAUGAAACAUCGUGAUAAGACUUGAGCAAUUGCCGUAAAUGAUCCGAAAUCACCGAUCCGUUCCGUAAAAAUGUAGUUCUUAAUUUUGAAAUGAUACAUCUUAUUGGGUUGGGCAAAUUUCUUAAUUGAACGCAAAUUAUAAUGUUGUUUACGAAGAAGGGAAAAAAGUGACAGUAAGAAUACAUAAGAUUCAUCCUACUCUGCUCUCAACUGGGCUUAACCUGAAAUACACUGAAACGAUUGCUCUGUGAUAGUAAGGAUGUGAAACUAAGAAGGUUAUGAUAAGGAUCUCAGAAAGUUGUGCUAGUGUUGGAUAAUACUUUCUAUUGAAGCACGUAGUCUAUGUAGGACAUCACUAGUAGUCAAAAUUAGUGUAAAGUUGACGCCAGAGUGACGCGAAAAUUUUGAAGUUUUUGAAAGUUUUGAAUCACACAAUCAACCGGAAAAAUCUUAAAAUAUUAGACACAUUUAAAUAACAUCAGCAAGAGUUUUCUUUUUCACGAUAUCUCUCUCUUCUGAAUUUUGGGCACCCUGUUUAGAGUCAAAUACGUUAUUAAUUUUCAACAUACCAUUUUGUGUCUGUUUAAUUUUUAACUGACUUCAAAAAAACGGAGAAGAUCUCAAGUCAUUUCUUUUAUUUUUUCGACUUUCAAUGGAUCAUUUUUAUCCUCGCGAAAUUCUGGUGUUGACUGUACUAUUAGUGGUAGAAAUUCCAGUAGUAUGUAGUUCUAGUCAAAUAAUGUUCUAGUCAAUUCAAUUUAAUCAGUCUGUAGGAAAAGUCAAUAUUAAUAUUAAUUUGUCAAACUUGAGGCAGCAAUUUAUUGUUGGUAAGGUCUAUCUCCGAUAUAUUAAGCUUUAGACAAUCUAUCUAAAUCUUAAAGUACCCACGUGUUUCAUGGCAAGCGGCUGAAACGAUUCACUACCUGUAUAACUGAGAAUGGACAUUUUUGUACAGGAUGUAUCAAGCAGUUUUCACAAGAUAAAAUCGUAGGAAACACUACAUAGUAAAUAAUAUUGAGUUUAUACUUAUUGCAGAGAGAACUUACCAACAGCUAAAUGUUUAAAUGAAGUAAAUUCAUUUACAGUUCUUUCUAUAGUCAAUCAUCGUCUGUUUAAAAUAUACAUAUAUUUUGACGUUUUAAAAUAUUUUUUUAUAUGGUGUAUAGUAUGUUUUUUUAUUAUUAUUUACACAGUUUUUUUUAACUAUUUAUAAUGUUACGUCGAGUUCCUAUGUAUCAAAAUAUCUUUUAAAAUAUACUAUUUUUAUGAUACCUCAUAAUAGUACCUGCAUGUAACCAUACCUCACUUAAAUCCAUAUUUAAAUAAUCUCUAUUUUUCUUGUUAUAUUAUGAAAUAUGUAUGACACUGGUUAAGCGAUAAAGUUUCAGUUAGUUAUCUGAUAGUUUAUGCUUAAUGCUAUCUGCCAGUUAUCUACUAUCCGAGACCUGUGGAACGAAAAUAGUUAUAGUUCAUCUGUCAGAUAAGUCCUGUUAGGCUAUCAGAAACUAUCACUAACGGGGGGAAUUAAGUAUUAUUUUUCAUGUAAAAUAGAAAUAUAAUAUUUUAUUGUUCCUUCUUACUCUAUUUAAAGAAUAAAACAAAAUCAUGGUACUUAUUCAUAUUUUAUUAGGUUUAAGUCUAUACAAUAAUAAAUACUAAGUAUUAAAACUAAUUGUUUUAUUUAUAGCACUUAGAAAUUUAAUAUUUUAACAACAUUUCGACUGUAGGCAGUUUUUUUACAGUUUGAGCCAAAAUUAUUGACCUUGCUUUAAAUGUGUCAAGUAUAUUGUUUUUUUUUUUUACUUUGGCUUAUGGCAGAAUCAUCAU